UACUAAAAUAACUUAACUAAACUAAACUGUAACCCAACUAAAGUAACUAAACUGUGACCUUACUAAAGUAACUUAAGCAACUAAACGAACUGUGACCUUACUAAAAUAACUUAACUAAACUAAACUGUAGCCUAACUAAAGUAACUAAACUAACUGUAACCUAAUCAAAGUAACUUAAGUAACUAAAGUGUGACCUUACUAAAGUAACUUAACUAAUUAAACUAACUGUGACCUUACUAAAGUAACUUAAGUAACUAUACUAACUGUGACCUAACUAAACUAAUUGAUUGACAGUGAAAGUCAGUGAAUGAUCGACAUCAACAAGAAUCUAUGGAUGACAUCAUGAACAUCACAACAUUCACCACUGAGGAUCCGUUCUAUGUGAGCAUGUCACCGACGACAGAUGACGAUGACUACGACUACCAGGACCUGAUGUGUGACCGUGAGUCUGUGCGGGCCUUUAGGGGUUGGUUCGAACCACCGCUCUUCUGGAUCAUCACGUUGGUGGGCGGAGCUGGAAACAUGGCAGUGGUGUGGAUCUACCUGAACUUCCGAGGGCGACUGAAGACCAUGUCAGACGUGUUCCUGCUAAACCUGGCAGUCGCUGACCUGCUCUUCCUGGUCAGUCUGCCAAUGUGGGCGGAGGAGGCGCUGCAUGGCUGGAACUUUGGCAUCAUCCUCUGCAAGUUGAACUUUGCCUUCUACAAAGUGAACCUGUUCAGCAGCAUGAUUCUGCUCACCUGCAUCAGCAUCGACCGCUACGUCGUCAUCGUACAGACCACCAAGGCACAAAACUCACAGCUGGAGCGCCGCCGCCGCAGCCGCGUGGUGUGUGUGGGGGUGUGGCUGCUGGCCCUGGCGCUCGCCAUACCUGAGCUGGUGUUUGCCACCACCAAAGAUGUGGACUCGCAGCAGUACUGCACGAUGGUGUUCCCCCAUCAUGAGGGCAACCUCACCAAGAUCCUAGUGCUGUCUCUGCAGGUGAGCAUGGGCUUCUGCAUCCCCUUCAUCAUCAUGGUGUUCUGCUACAGCGUCAUCGUAACAAAGCUGCUCAGAACCCGAAACUUCCAGAAGCACAAGGCCAUGCGCGUCAUCCUGGUGGUGGUGGUGGUGUUCAUUGUGUCACAGCUGCCCCACAAUGCCGUGCUGGUGAUGAAGGCGACACAGGCCUCCAACAUGACGAUGACAGACUGCGAAGAAAUUAAGCGCUUCGACGUGUUGGGACAAGUGUUGAAGAGUGUGGCGUACACGCACGCCUGCCUCAACCCCUUCCUCUACGCAUUUGUUGGCGUGCGUUUCCGCCGCGAUGUUCUGCAGCUGCUGCGCUGCUGCUGCCGGCCACCGCUGGUCAGCAAGAGUCCACUGAGUAAGACCAGCAGGAGUCCACUGAACUCCACCCGUGCCUCGGUGAUGUCAGACAGUGACAUUUCCCAGGCCAUGUCCCUGUGAGGACACACGGCGAGGACGUCUCAUCAUUGUCUCUCUUCAUUUUAGAUUCAAGCUGCUUCAAACUCCUUGAAUGUUCACUCUAGAAUGUCAAAUAUUCCGUUUGCUUUAUCAGGACUUAUCAGGACUUUGUCAGGACUUGGUAUUUUCAUUUAGCUAAACUAACACAAGUAACCGAACAUCAUCACCAUGGAGCUGCACAAAGGUCUUCACGCACAUGGUCAGAAACCUCCUGACCGAGGCUCUGAAGCACGUUGCAGUGAUGAUGUGAUCCUGAAGAUGAAGGAACAGUUGAGACUUUUACGAUGUUCAUGGCAGACAUCUGGACUUUCCCAGACUUUUCCCAAACGUUCACGUGGUAGAUGUGAACUUCUUUGUGUGUGGCUGCUAAAAUUGGAUGGUGUUGGUCAUGUGACUGUUUUUUGUGUCACAUGUUGAACUUGAACUGCCACGUUAAUCAUCUUGACUGUGAAAGAACAACAGCUGCUAAUAAAUGCUAACGGCUAACUGCUGUUAAUAGAUGCUAACAUGAAAACAUGUAAAUAGUUUUGUGGUUGUUAGUGUAACAGUGUGUAACGUGUGAGCGUGACAAACAAGAGGAAGUGGAUCAAACAGUCACACUUGUUUUUUCUCACUUCCUGUUGUUUUCACUCCGUCAAACUUUUUCACCUUCACUUCAAAUUUAUAAACAAAUAAAGAUUCUGACGAAA